CCUCGUUCCCGCCUUAAAGCACAGCCCUCGCCCGCCACUCCGGAGCGCUUUGUGCGCCACGGCGUGAGGCGAACUGCGCAUGCGUCGUCCGGCAUUGCGGUGACGUUGCGUGGGGGGAUGGGCGGAGCCCCGAGUGCAGCGAUGGGGAGUGAGCAGGAAAAAUGGCGGAGCUUUUUAUGGAGUGCGAGGAGGAGGAGCUGGAGCCAUGGCAACAGCAGGUGGAAACCCCCGAUGACGACGACGAGGUGGAGUGCGUGGAGCCCACGUCCCCUCCGGCCACGCCGACCCCGCCCCUGCCGACCCCAAUGGCCCUGACUCGCACCAUCCUCGCUGUACCCAGCACCUCGGCCGCUGCAGGUGUUCCGGCGCGGUCCCCAGCCAUCUCCGUCACCGCUCCAAGUGCCCCCGCUGUCUCCUCCGGUGUUUUGGGCGCACCGGCAGGGCCGGCCUGUCUGCCGGUACCCCCAGCCAAUCCCAUGGCGCCGCUGACGUUUGGGAUGCUGUCCACGACGGGCCAGAACGUGCUGACAGUACCCACGCUCACCGGGACCAUCGCCCAGGGACAGAACACCUUCCUGCUGGCCCCAGGCUACAUCCUGAACGGCAUGGCAGCUGGCGCAACGGUACAGGCCCAGGGCCACGGCGGGAACAGCUUCGUGAUCCAGCUGCAGGGAGGGACCCAGCUGCCCGUGAUGGCCGGCGCCGCUGGGCAGCAAGGGCUGCGCAUGCCCACCAUGGUGCAGGUCCCCGGCUCCAUGGUGCAGGCGGCGCGGCCCGGUAACCCCGUGUCCCAGAGGCUCAACAUCCCCGUGCCGGUACGCUUCGUGGUGCCGCCCAAGUCGGGGCUCCCGCAGGUGAUGCCGUCGCAGGGCAGCGGGCUCUUUACCAGUUCCUCUGCCAUUGCCGGCUCCUCUGCCAUGCAGAUCGCGCCCGCAGUGGGCGCCGGGGCCGGCGCGCCGGUCAACCUGGGGAUGCAGUCAACCGUGGUGAGCGCGCUGGGGCAUCUGCCACGCCUCACGCUGAAGCGUGGGUCCGUGUCGGCGGCACCCAUCCCCAUCGACCCCAAGCGCCUGCGCACCGUAGUGACGCAGGCGAGCUACGGCCUGCACGGCAGCCUCGCCAACAUCCCCGUCAAGUCAAUGGCUGGCGAUGGGCUCGCAGCACUCGGUGGCCCCGGCGGCGGAGGCAUCGGCUCGUCCGGUGGCCCUGGCGCCGCCCUCUCGAUUGCGUCGCCCGCCUCCGAAUAUGACAAGAUGGACAACAGAGUGCCCAUUCCCAAGGGCUGCCCCAAGUGCAACCUGCACUUCAACAUGCUGGACGUGCUCAAGAGGCACAUGAAGGUGUGCUGCCCGGAGCAGCUGUUGCUCCCCGAGAGGCCCGACGUGCCCGGGAUGCAGCUCCCCAAGCCCACCGCCCUCCCGCCCAUCAAGCCGGCGCCGCAGAAACUGCUGUUCUCCGAGGGCAGGCUCAUCAUGCUGGUGGACGACUUUUACUACGGGCGGGCCGAAGGCACCCGCAAGCACUUCGAUAGCAACAUCAUCAUCACGACGCCCUUCAAGUGCUACAGCUGCGCCAAGGUGCUCAAGAACAACAUCCGGUUCAUGAACCACAUGAAGCACCACAUGGAGCUGGAGAGGCAGAGCAACGAGAGCUGGGACAGCCACACGAACUGCCAGCACUGCUUUCGCCAGUUCCCCACGCCCUUCCAACUGCAGUGCCACAUCGAGAGCGCCCACAGUGCCUGCGACGCCCCCACAAAGUGCAAGAUCUGCGAGCUGAACUUUGACCACGAGCAGAUGCUGCUGCAGCACAUGAAGGAGAACCACAAGCCCGGCGAGAUGCCCUACGUGUGCCAGUGCUCCCCUUGUCCCUCGUGA